CGGAAGAGUUUUUGUCACCAACCUGCUGCGCCCGGGUUAGUAGCUCUUCAGCCGGCAGCCCGCGCGUUUGUGUCUGGGCGUGAAACUCGCUCGCAGGAGGGUAGAUCAAGUUUCAAUCCAGCGAAAAAUCCACAGGGAAGUGGUGAGUGAGACACCGACUUCCAACUUUCCACCAUGAAACGAGUGCGGCUAUGGAUUGUUGGUACGCCGUGUGCCGUGGCAUUGCUGCUGCUGCUGGUGGUGGCUACAGGGGGACCGGAUCCGGUGGGUGGAGAUUUCGUCCAGGACGUCAAAAACGGUGUCAGAAUGGCCGGUAGCUUGUUUGGUAUCGAGACCAUUUCGGACGUGGCGGAUCUGGUGGCGCGAGGUUUCUCGAAGCAGGGCGUUUUCCUCAAACCGGAAAAGAAUACACCACUGCAGAAGCAGACCGCGUCGAUGAUGGUUCAGAUUUGGAAGCUGAUCGGACUUGAUGGGAGCAAGCUAGGUGCAUUGGUAAUGAAUGCUUUGGUUUUUGUGGCUCAUGUGAUUGCCACGAAUCUGGGGACCGUGAAAAAACCUGGUCUAGAUCAGCACACAGAUUCGGAGCUACCGAAAGACGAUGAACCUUCCAUUCUUCAGUCGGAGUCACCGCUUGAUUGGCUGUUAAACAAUCCACCAAAACAGUUUAGAGAUAUGCUGAAUCACAUUAAGGAUGGUAAUGUAACUGACUUCCUGGAGUCGGAUCUGGCAAACCUGGAGCACACCCCGGUAGAAGAUUCCGGAUGCAUCAGGUUGUUAAUUUGCAAAAUCAAACCUUUUAUAUGGAAAAUGCAACAGGUGGUUCAAGAGAGAUUGAAUGCUAAUAGUGAAGAGGAAGGAUAUGAGUCCCAGAACGAGUCAGAAAAUAUUGUGGAUAUAAUUUUCCGGAAUGUUCCAAAGAUGAGGGAGUUUCAAGCGAACGGAGCAUUAUGUGAGUCGCAAUUCAAGCACUGUGUUCGUCGUUUUUGAUGCGAAUAAGAGAAAUAAACUUGUUAUGUUUUAAUGAUGAAAACGAUGAUUUGAUCCAUUACUUUUAUAAGUGAUAUUUUAAACAUUUUGGGUAAGUUUUGAAAAGCGUAUUUGAAUGUAUCGAGUUUAUUGUAGAACUUCGAAAAUUGGUACAGCGUGGUAUAGUGAUUUUUAUUGAAUUUGUUACAAAAAGAUAAUGAUGAGAGUUACACCCCUUUUCCUUGGGGUGAAAGUCUAGCUGAUAAAGACAUAAAAA